AUGAAGCGCCACAAUGCGAAUGCACACCGGCGAGCGGCCGUUCGAGUGCGACGUGUGCGGCCAGAGGUUCACUCGCAACGCCGUCCUGGCGAACCACAGGCGCCGCCACACCGGAGAGGGCCCUACUCUUGCUCGCUGUGUCCGGCCACGUUCGGCACCAGGUUCGCGAUUGACGACGCACACGGCGGGCCACAAGCGCAAGGCUCCCUACGGUGCCUCAUGUGCGGAAUGAAGUUCGUCUCGGGCAAAAAGUUCGACAGUCACGUGCGCAACCACUCGGCGAAGAGGCCGUACGUGUGUCACCUGUGCUCAACCGACUUCAUUCAAAAGUACAACUACGCGUCCAUCUCGCCAAAGCACUCUGGCGAGGAAGCCCCAUCAGUGCAACGUGUGCCACAGGGCGUUCUCGAGGCGCGUGUCGCUCGUGAAUCACAUGAGCGCCAAGCACAAUGCUGA